AUGUCCACUUUGUUUUUCGAGCCUCGGCCAUUGCAGCUGCUGCCGCAUGUGCUGGUUGUUGUGAUGGCGCUCAUGAGCAUUCCAGAAAGUGUGCCUGGACUAUCACAUGCUGGUCAAGGCAUGGAUUGGUGGAGAUCUCUGGACGCAAAGCAGUUUGGUUCAAAUCAUAUCCCCUCAGAGUUGAAGCUCGCGCAUUGCAAAGGCGAAACCCCUGAAGGUUCAGACGUCGCCUGUAAACCCAAGGCACUACAGUAUCACAACAUCAAGAGCAUCUUGAGAUGUUUGAACCCAAGAUUGAAGCUUCGAGGAGGCCUUGAUCAAGAUCCGUUAAGCAAACGGCAGCGAGUCAAGACAGCCGGUGAUUUCGGAGACAUCGUGGGGGAGGGGGAGGAGAAGCAAACAAGAGGGGGGGAUGAAGCUGCAAGAAAUGAAGAGCUUGUCUCAGGGUCUCAUGACCUCGAUGCGUCUGGUGACAAUCAGAAUGGUUCCGUUAAGGGCGAAGGGAUUCGUGGAGGCGAGAGCUCUGUUGGCGCUGCGAUGUCAGUGCCGAGUAUGGAUGGGGACCCAAUGAGUGGAGUGACUAAGGAUGGAUGUGGAAUGGAGUUUCUGAUCGAUCGCGUUAAGAAGCUGUCAACAGCAGCAGUGAAGCUACGUCGGCAGGAGAAAGAGAAUGCGUUUGUCUCAGACAAGCAGAAGAUGCAACUGGAAGAGGAGAAGUUACGGCUAGAUCAUGAGAUGGAUGGUUGUGUGUCUGCAUUCAAGGUCAGGAUGAUGGAGAUGCUGAACUGGAGGAACACUGCUCACGGUACUUCGACUCCUCCUGAUCACUCAAGGGGAGGGUUUGCGUGCGUACUUCUAGACAAGGAGUAUAAGGUCGCCUACCGCCUAGAGCCCAUGAAGAAUCAGGUGGACGCAGCAGCAUGGUUGGCGUUCCACAUGGUUCUGGAGAUGUUUGGUGUGCGAGCUGCUCGAUCGGUUGCUACGGAUCGCCCCGCAGCGGUGAUGGGAGCUGACCGAGCAAUGGCUACCAACUAUUCUCAUGAAAGUUGGAACGACACUGCAGUUGUGAAGUGUUACCAAGAGCCGACACUACAGGCUUUCUCGAAGCAUGUCCUUAAGCACAGGAACCGACUUCUUCGAAGGUCAACAGGACAUCGAGGAGGUGUCGUGUGUGCAGGAACAGAGGAAGAUCGGACAGAAUCAAAGAUCUUGACACCACGAGCAUGGUUUUGGCAUCGCAUUGACGUGCCAGUGCUGCCAGAGAAGGAAAAUGACACCAUAACAGAUGCAGACAGGACGCGGAGGGUUCGCGGGAGGGAGUUAGCAGAUGUACUGUGUGGACAAGAAGGAGGAGGAGAAGUCAAGAAUCCCGAUCUCGCUUCCCUGUCGCGGUCUGAAUGGCAAUCGGGAGCUCCGGAAGAUAUCCCUGUCCGUGUGGUACACGAUGUUGGCCAGGCGCUCAGAUGUCUGCAUGCCUGUGGUGUGGCGCAUGGUGAUGUCAAGAUGGCAAACGUGAUGAAGAUCGGCGAGAACUUCUGGCUGGGAGACUUGCCGGCCCUAACGAGAGCGACGACGAAAAUGCUGACAAACGACCCGCUGUCGAGCACUUCGCUGAUCUCUGGCAAGAGAAUGAUGUGUAACGACAUGUGGGGGCUGGGGCUCAUCACUAUCUCCCUCCUCGAGGGCUGCGGGCCGUUCAAGAGGACGUGCGAGAAGUUCAAGAGGAUCCUGCCACCUCAGCCCUGCCCUCCUCACCCUUCCUCUCAGAACUCUGGUCCCCUCUGGAUCAUCUUCGCCGCGGGGUUCCUUCAUACUUUGGCGUACCUGGUUCCGGAGGAAGAGAAGCUCACUGAAGCUGCUCGUUCUGUCCGCCAGCUCAUUCAAGCUCCUUCUGGGAGGAAGAUGAUCAAAGUGAUAUCGAGAGAGUAUAGGGAGGUUUGGAAGCAACUCGCCUACUGUCUCGACGUUUCCAAUGUCGCUCGCAAUGCGCUCGCCAUGCCGCUCCCGGGGGAACCUGAGAUGGAAGGGGAAAGUGAGGAAGAGUUAGAAGAGGCGGACUUGCAGUGGUGA